AUGACAGCCCUAUUACAAGUUUUACCCCAUUAUACAAUGAUCAAAUUUAAGAGAAAGAUAUCUUUGUUUAAGAGAAAGCGCGGCAAUUACAGAAGAAAGGAGGUGUUUAAUUACAUAAAGAAUGGAUUACGAAACGCUACGACUCACGGCCUAUCUUACUUAGUUAAUGAUCGCAUUUAUCUGUUUGAGAGAAUUUUUUGGCUGUUUAGUUUUAUUGUGGCGUUAGCGUUAAUAUUUUUACUUCUUAUAGCUCAGUAUCAACGAUUUAUCGAAGCUCCUACAGUAGUGAGUGUUGACAUGGACUACUUUGAUUGGAAUAUUUCUUUCCCGGCCAUUACUUUAUGUCCACUAUACAAAGUGAAUAUUCCUACAUAUAAAGAAGUUAUCAGAAAAAACAAUAGCCCUUCAGAUCUGGCUUCGGAAGGAUAUUUAUGGGCCAUAAUACACACUAAUAUACAAAGCUUGGAAUAUGUCAAAAUGGACGUGGCUGAUGAAGUUGUUACGGUUUAUAAACCUGAGGAAUACGCAGAGUUAUCAGCAGCUGUCUUUAGGAGUUUUGAAUUUAAUACAAUAGAGGCAAUGGUUACAAAAAUAAAUCACCCUGUAACGAUAACGUCGGCCAUGACAGAAAUGGGAAUGUGCCAUGUUCUUAAUUCAAAUAUUGCCGUUUACGAUCAACCAAGCUAUUCCACCCUCAAGAUAGUAUGGAAAUCCAGCUCUCCGAAAUACGUCAAAAACAACAUUGAACUUUCCAUUUACGACCGGGAUUUUUUUCUAGAGAUUACUAAUUAUGCUAAAGUUUAUAAAGUUUAUAUUCACGGCCCCGAUGAAGUUAUCACGGGCACAACAUCAUCUUUCACUUUCGAUGUGGAAGGCUGUAUGUCUUUCGGUCUCACUGUCUGGACUACCAGAAUAUCGGAUGAACUACGAGAUAUGCCAUUACGGAUAAGAAAAUGCAGAUUUAUCGACGAACCAAUUAGCGAAAGAUACCCAAUAUAUUCGUAUAGUCAUUGUCUCUUAGAAUGCAGAAUUAUGCUAGUCAAUAGAUUGUGCGGUUGCGUUCCACAUUUUUACAAAACUUUACCUCAUGAAAGAAUUUGUCAUAUACGGGAACUAAAAUGCGUGCUCCAUUAUCUUAAGGAUAUUGUAACAUUAGCACCUGCCGAAGCUCCGUUAGAGCUACGUAACACUCAGGGUUUGCCAACUAGCUCACGAGACUGCGGUUGUCUUAGCACUUGUGAAUUAGAUCAGUAUCACAAAGACCGAGAAGAUUAUAUGUCUCAAGACUCUUAUGUAUUAGAAAUAAGAAUCACUUCAUUUCCAAAGGUCCGAGUCAUCAGGGAUAUCAUCUUUAAUUUUUACGAUAUUUUCUUGAAAACAGGUGGCGUCAUAAACUUAUGUAUCGGAUGUUCAAUAAUAUCAUUGAUAGAAUGUCUUGUUAUAUUUCUCAAGAUUUGUAUUUAUGUUUUAAAAUAGGUUUUUUUGUGAUGAAGAAGCGUGAAAAUAAAAUAAAUGAACUGUGAAAA